GCUGAGAUGACUGCAGCGGCCUCAGCCCAGCCUCGUCAGGGUAAGGGCCGCCGCUCCAAAGGGGGGCGCGGUCGAGGGAGGGGUGGCGGGGGUGGCGGAGGUGGUGGAGGUGGCGGAGGUGGUGGGGGUAGUGCGAGUGCAGGUGGUGCAGACGACGGGUUUGGGGCUGAUGCCCCGUCGCAUCAGCAGGAGCAGCAGCAGCCCCAACAGCAGCAGCAGCAGCCCCAACAUCAGCAACAGCAGCUCCAGCAUCAGCAACAGCAGCAGCAGCAGUAACAGCCGUAGGUACCCCCACCACC